AUGACUGACUUGCUGCUGUCAUCACUGAAAGCUGGGUUCUCUAGCCUCUCUCUAUUCGUACCGAUGCAUACAGUCGUUCAAGAUGAACUGAGUCGCCCGUCCGUCAUCAAGAGUUCGGUGUACGAGGACACUGCACUCAAAGUCGUAACACGGAAUACCAGUCCUGAGCUCAAGGAGACUGACGAGACCAAUGGACAACUCCUCGAGGCGGACGCGCUCUUCGACUGGGCAAAGUGGGAGCAUGAUUCCACGCCGGAAUCCUCCUCGUCGGGCGGACAAUCUCCGCCGAGCGUGCGAUUGACCGAGGCAUCGUCUGCUUCAGCAAGUGGUUCGCCUCCCGGGACAGCUCCUGCUUGCCUACCUCCCCAACCCGCGGACGGGCCCUCCAGGGAACCCCCCGCCAGCUCCAUCUACCGCCGCGCGGCCCAAGGCUGGCCAGAAGCGCAAGAGGGCGGCUUCUCUUCACCCGCUCACCUUCGGAACGGGAGCGCCCAAAGGAUCGCGCCGCAAGCCAAGCCGACGCACAGGGAGCGUAGCGAGGUCACUUGUACAUACACUUCUGAGGACGGCCAGAAGUGCGGCGAGCACGCGGUGGCGGAGCACCUUUGGGACCAUGUCCGGCAAGCCCACGGAUUCCAGGACCUCGUCCAGCCCGAGUCUGCGCCGCACACGGUGCAGUGCUCGUGGGAUGGAUGUGCCUUCAGGGCGAUGAAGGAGGAGGUCGUCGAGCACUGGUGGGAGGUCCAUCAUGGGUCGCUCGCGGACGACAAGGACGACCAGGCGCAGGGAAUUGUCCUUGCCGCCAAGCAAGUGCGCUGCCGAUCGAGCGCCAACCAUGGGGAUCGACGCGCAUUCAUGCAGCAGAGCCAGCUUCUGCGGCACUUGCGGGACACCCACUGGGAGUUCGGGACGUGGUGCGACUGCUGCGGGAAGCGCCGCAGAGGCGACACGCUUGGGAAGGGGGCGCGGGACCAUUUGAAGACUUGCCUAGAGAGGUUCAUGAGGACCCACCACUUCGAGGACCCGGCAAGGCGGAAGCGGCGGGCGGCGCAUCUCCCCCAGCCUACAUUUGGCGGUGAGGACUUCGCAGCGAGCUCCAGCCAGGCAUCCGAGGAAUACUCGUGGUUCGAUUACGAAGCAUGGGACGCGGGGAGCGGAGCCGCCUCGGGGGCAGGCAAGGAGGUGGAAGACCGCUGGAAGACGACCCACAAGGGCGGCCUCAGCGAAGAGCACAAGGCGGGGCGGCGGACAUUGACCUCGGUGGUGAGGCCCCGCACGUAUCCGGACGGGGACGAGAGCGUGUUCGUGUCGCAUCCUACGACCCUCGGAACCUAG